GGAAGUCUGUCAGAAACUUGAGACAUGCUACACAAGGCUACACUUCAGAAUCAUGGGCAAACUGUCAAUCUUUUUGUUUGUUCUUUCAUUUUACACCAUUGUUCUUUCAUUUUACACCGUCAACGCAGGUUCAGGAUCACAUUCUCUGUGGGCACUUGCAACAUACAUAAUCGGAGAGACACCUUUCCCUGAGUUUACGGUUGUGUUGAUGUUGGAUGACGUUCAAAUAGGUUACUAUGACUCCAACAUUAAACAGUCUGUCUACAGGGGUUACCAUAUUACAGACAAAAUGAAUGACGAAGCUCAGGACGGAACUUAUGUACUUGGAACUAUGUACCACCACAUGAAAGAGAGAUCAUUUCGCCUAAAGCACCACUUAAAUCUUACGGAAGGUGUUCACGUUCAGCAAAGAAUCGGUGGCUGUGAGAUACUGCACAAUGGUGAACCGGCCCUGAUCAUGACAAAGAACUCUUUUAAUGCAAUUUUUGCAGAUUAUGCGGUAUAUUACAACAUGACACAUUUUACAUAUGAUUCUGGGAAACUACUACUAGGAUAUAAUUGGAUGAGGCAAGCAACUGAAAGAACACUUUAUGCUAAUGUUUGGCUUCCUAUUUGCAUCAACACACUGAAAAAAUUCCUGAACAGAGAGAACUUUGUGAUGCGGAGAGUGCCUCCCAGACUCAGGUUGAUAAAGAAAGAGGUUUCUGGAGACCUCCAGGUGAUCUGCCUGGCGUUUGGUUUCUACCCCCGCCACAUCAACUUGACCCUGCUGAGAGACGGCCAUCCAGUGGCAGAACAGGAGCUGACAGGGGGCGAGGUGCUGCCUAGUGGAGAUGGGACCUACCAGCUGAGGAAGAGUAUUUAUGUCAGUACUGAGGAGCUAAGGGAAAGACACAACUACACCUGCACUGCCUCUCACCUCAGUCUGAACAACAAGCUGGAUGUCAGUUGGGAGUCUGGGGCGGAGAGAGUUCACCUAUUCAUCCUCUCAGCUCCACUGGUGAUGGCGCUGAUUGUUAUUCUAUUCUGCAUUUUAAUUUGCCUCACAAGAAGGAUACGCGCCGCUUCGUAGAAUUUGUUGCAACUAGCCAGCGUUGAUGCAUUAGAGGCCGAUGAAAUGAACCUGUCAUCACAUUCUGAGAUAUCAUCUUUUUUGGGGGACACUGAUGCGACUUUGUCAAUUCACAAUGACACCUAUGACUAUGAGAGCAGACACAAAAUGUGCCAAUCAUUAUUUUAUUAUUGGUUGAUUUCCCAACCUCAACCCAACAACAAACAACUAAUAAAGGAUCAGGUUGUGGAGACUGUUGACAAUUACAUAUAUCUGGGCAUUGGUCCAGAUUUGCAUGUAUAUAUUUUACAUUAACAAAAGUAAUCUUUUCAUAAUUAUUUCAAAUCAUGACUUUAUAUUAAUUACACAAUACACUUUAUAUCUGUGUUGUAUUUCCUGAUAUCCAGUAUCUAAACCAGGAGACAGUGGCGUGUAUUCAUGGGUGCCAAGGGAAGCCAGGCUUCCCCAAAGACUUUACCAAGAAAAAAAUCAUUCAAUCAUUUUAUAUUGAGUCUCUGUGAUUCAUUUUUUUUUUUUUCAAUUCUUAAUUUGAUUAAUGUAUUUCACCGGAGAAACCAUCCGAGCGAGCGAAACAGCCCCUCUCUGUCUCUGUAUGUGUAGCCCAUCUAUCUGAUGCUGUCUGGUCAAAAAUAGUAUAAUAUUGUUGCUGCCCAUAACAUUGAAUGCAAGGGAAGCCAGCAAGUAUUUGGCUUCCCUUGAUUAAAAAAGUAUAAAAUAAUAGCCAAUCACUGUUGAGCGAAACUGAGCAAGCUCAACUGGGAAGGGUCCUGGUGCACCAAAAAAAAAGUGUCAAGGGAAGCCAGUCUGGAUUUGGCUUCACACCAAUCACAUCACAUCAAAAGCCAAACAUCAUGGACAGAAAAAACUUGAAUUGUUGAUUCUCGUUGUGUUGUUGUCCUCCGGUGGAUAGCUAGCUAAAAUUGUCCCUUUCCUAAAUUAGCCAUGGAUGGAGAUAGGGAUUUUGACUUGUGGUUUUAUUUAAUUCUCCGCACUGGCCAAUGAUUAUAACGGCGAUUUUUGAUCCAACCAUAAAUUCAUACAUUGUGCCUGUUACCUGAGAGGAUGGAAGUUCAAUAUGUAGCUAAUGUUAACUAGCUGGCUCAUCAUCGUUGCCCAUGAAAGGAAGAUAGGCUAGCGAGUAAGCAUUUUAGCCAGGUAGCCUAGGACAACAAAACUAAAAGUGUGUACUGUAUGAUAGAGUCAUAGACCGUUUCAGGAACGGGAAAGACAGGAGGAGGGCAUUGGCGUUUCUCUACAAGUAGGGUGAGUUAACAUGUUUUUUCUACAAACAAAUUAGUACAUGAACAGCCACAUCAUAUUUUGCUGAUGUUGAUUGGACUAAAUUGUUUUUGGUAUAUUUUAGUUGUCUCUGUAUUAGAUUAAGCAUAGGUGAUUUGAUGAUGUUGAAAUGGUGCUGGAAUAGUAUAGGCAGCUUCUGUUUAAUGCGGUAGCCUAACUCUCCGUGGUUCUAAAUCAAUAGUUGUUUAGUAAUCCAAAAAUGUUGGAAACAUUAACUUGCUUGUCCAUGCUGUAGGUCAUGUAACUAACUGUUUGUUACAUGCAAUAUGCUUUGUGGACUUCACCGAACAGAUGUUGCUCUCUGGUUUUCUGAUGAAACAAAUGUGUUGUUGAAUUUA